GCUGCGGGCUCCGCCUCCGCCGGGCCGAGAGGGACGGGAGGAGGAGGAAGAGGAGCCGCCGCCGCCGCCGGGGGAACCAUGCCGGCCCGCGCCCUGCCGAGCCCCGCGGCCGCCCUUGGCCCGUGAGCGGCUCCCCGUCGCCCGCCUCGCCGCCAUGAAGAGCCCCAAGGAAGACGCGCACGAGUCGCCCGCAGGUCCGUCAGGUCGUGGGGUGGGGGCCCUGCCGCCUUGGGAAGGGGCGCCCGAGCAUGUGCAGAGUGCUGGGGAGUGGGGGGCUGGCUGGCUAGCUCCCGAGGAAACACGUCGGAGCCCAGUAGAAAGGGGUCCCUCUGCCGCCGCGCAGCCUGAUCCAGGGUGUGGGGUUAGGGUCGGGCUGCGCAGUCCGGAGCUGGCUUACUGCCCCGCCGGACGCUCCCAGGUCGGGCUGCACCUGGUACGGUGACAGCCGCCCUAAAGCAGCAGCAGCUACUAGUGCUAUUGGUGUUGGUGGCUCUCUGGACUAUUUCCAGCUAAUGAAAUCUUAGCGGACCCCCGUGGGAAAGUGGCCUUUAGAGCAAGGAUCUCAUACUUGGCUUCCAGGCUGAGAGGAGUGGGCCCGCCCAAAGUGCUCCUGCAAACUUAUAUCUUUAUGGUGUUUAGGCCACUUUCAAGAGUUCGGGAUUCCAGUUGUCUCCAUCGCAGCAUCCCGUUAGAAACACACAUCCGCUGUCAUAUUUUCCAGCACGUUUUGCAUGACCGAAAGCAGAGUUACAGAAGCUCUAAAGAUUCCUCCGUAGGACCAUGAGGCAAGCGAUGACAUCUUCCCCUGGACACCCCCCCCCCCCAAUUGCUUUGGGCUCUGUUCCAAUUUACUUACUAUGUGCUUCAUUAAAUUAAUACACUACUUGACUGCUUUUUUUAAAAAAAAGAGCCCUCAAAGCAAUUUGGGCCUUGAUGCCGCCGGCUGGCAAGUGUCACUGGUCUCUCGCUGCUAACGGAGUCUUGCUGAAGAUCAGGCAAAGCAGGCUGGGGAGGCUUCUGCAAGAGCCUUUGUUCAAACUGGAUCAGUUGAAAUGUCUUUGUGUUGCCCCUGGUCCUUUUGAAACACAGUAUUAUUAUUUCCUAAAUACACCAGGCUACCCUUGAAGAAUGCGCUGCAUGUCCAGAGCCAGAGGGCCAGAACUGUCCUGACCUCCCUCUCGGUUCCCUUGAGUCAGCCUCAGUUGGUUGGAAAGAAGCCAGCUGAGUCCCCUCCCUGUCCUGGGGCUCUAGCCUUUCCUGUACCUUUAGUCCUGGUAACCUGUCAACACAGACUUUUAUCCCCAAAGAGCAACGACUCAAUUGAGCAAGAGUCCCGAUGACUAGACAUUGCUAAGGGCAUAACUGGCAAAGAGUUUGCAAACACAAAAAGUGGGUGGCUCUGUUGAUGCUUUUUUACCCAGGAAAUGAUGGGCUCAUUGCCAGGAAGAUUUAGAAAUUAUUGUGCUGAGCUAUUGGCCUCUGUAAAAACCAGAAACAUCCAAGUCUUUCAUCAGCACCUCUGUGACAUGCUUUGCUGUUCACAAUACCCUGCAUUUCUCCCCUAACAGAGCAGCUAACCUAGUAAUCAGGAUGACUAGUUGUGGCGCUCCAUAUUUUUUUAGACCAUCUCCCAUCCAUCUCAGUCAGCAUAGCCACUGGCUAGGGAUUAUGGGAGGUGUAGUCCACAAUCCUGUCACUUCCAGGAGAUGCGUUCUGUGGGUUGGGGGAAGGGGUCCCAGUUACCGAAGACACAAACCUUCACUAAAGCACUCCCAAGGAGUUCAGGCACAGCACAAUCCAAACAAACCAAGGUCAUGCAUAGAGAAGCAACCUAGGUCCAAAUGCAGUCCAGAAAUGAAAUUAGGCAGCAGUCUCAGGAAGUUCAGGCCAGGUACAACAUAGGAAAAAGGAGCCAGAGACCUGUGUUGUUUCCAGCAACUGGAAGGCUCAAGAGGGGGAGCCUUAUCUACUCUGGCCCCAGCUGCUGCCAGUGAAGGAGCAUCAGGGAUUGCCUACUCACAAGGAGACCCUGGGCCCAUAGAUGCAUACUGUGGUGUUCCUCUUCAACCUAGAGGUCAAGCUUUUGGUGCUCUCUCUCUCUCAAAGGCUGGGGGGCAGGCACCUUCCUGGGGUUCUUCAUCAUGUAUCAACCCAGACGGCCCCUUCAAGGGGAUCCUCAGACUGGGUUUCAGGACCCGUGCCUGCUCCUCAAGGCCCUUAUCCUGUGGGGGUGCCUGGUUCAUCCUUCCAAGAGCUCCAUGGCUUGUACAAGUUCAGGACUAGGUACGACAAACAUCUGCAAGGCCACACGUUUCUCAUCUUUGGUUUACACCACCGGGAGGUGGUUUUGGCAGAUGGUGUGGGUGCAGAACUGAUAAAUUAGUCCAAUAUAUCCAGGGGCAGUUAUGAUCCCAUGGUAUAUUACUGUGAAACCAAGUUCUUGGGCCAGAUGAAACUAGACCCCCUGGAGUUGUUUUAAAAUGUUGCAAACUGAUGUCUUUGGCAUGGAACAAAAUAAUAUUUUUUUUUCCUGUUAAAGGAUGGGUGUGAAUGUAGAGAAGAACCUUAGUUGUGCCAAAAACUGUCUUUCUGACGGUGGUGUCCUCUUUCCUGCAGUGGACAAUGUGCAGCUGGACGUGCCAAUCCUUCAGCAGCUGUACCACUGGGACUGUGGGCUGGCUUGCUCCAGGAUGGUUCUGCAGUAAGUCCAUUUUUGGUUGGGGCUUAUUGGGGGUGGGGAAGGAGGCGAGGUGGCUGGUGGCACUUUGCAACAAGUUGCUUCCAAGGUGGGAAGGUCCCUAGACCUCACCCAACUGCCUUGGCCCUCCAGUGAGUGCAGCGCAACUGACCACAACAGCAGCUCCUCAAGCACGAGAAAAGGAACUGUGGAGGAAAUGACAUUAAUGUCUGACUGUGACAAAGAAUGGGUACAAAGGUUGUUAUAUUCAUAAUGUAAGAACUCUGAUUGGCCCAAUAGAAGACACUCUUGACUGGGCCACUCAGCUGACUUCCUUUUCAAGUACCGUAUUUUUGGCUCUAUAAGACUCACUUUUUCCCUCCUAAAAAGUAAGGGGAAAUGUGUGUGUGUCUUAUGGAGCGAAUGCAGGCUGCGCAGCUAUCCCAGAAGCCAGAACAGCAAGAGGGAUCGCUGCUUUCGCUGCGCAGCGAUCCCUCUUGCUGUUCUGGCUUCUGGGAUUCAGAAUAUUUUUUUUCUUGUUUUCCUCCUCCAGAAACUAGGUGCGUGUUAUGGUCUGGUGUGUCUUAUAGAGCGAAAAAUACGGUAAUUGCCAGCAACUGGCGGGUUUUUCCUCUUUGGGUGUUUUGAGUCUGUUGCCGUGCUCUUGUGUGACUCCCGUAGAAGCCACCCUGCCUUUUGUGUUCCAUGAAUAAUGGCCACUACGACUUUCCAUCUGCCUCUGCUGUGCUGCCUGCUGGCUCUCGGUCUUUUUUCCCCCGUUUUCUUUUUCCUGCUGAACUCGUCUUUCCUUCCACAGAGGAACACGAGCUUUAGGUGCAGGAGAGUGAAAUGCCUCUUUAGAGGGCCACUUAGUAGAUAUGAAGCAGAAGAUUUUCAUUUCUCUCCAUCCCUUCUGCCAAGACGCUAGCCUGCCCGCUGGUAAUUUCCCAUCUUGACUACUGUAACUCCCCCUCCCUCCCUCCCUCCCUCCUUCCUGUACCAAACUGAAUUUCCAAGAGUGAACUUCUUGCCCUGUGGAUCCAAGCCUUUCUCUCCCCCCACUCCCCUGUUCAUGAUGGAAUGUCAGUGAUUUCUCCUCUAUUGUGGCCCCUUCCCAUCAUCCCAUGAAUGAGCUGCCCCUCUCCCCAACGCACCUCCUUUUUCUGUGUCUGCGCUAUCCGCCUCUUCACAGGUCUGGCUCAGGCAUAACCCUGGUUUGGAGAUUGCUGUCAGCUCAUCUCCUCUCCCUUUCCCUUUGUUGUGCAUGAAUGCCUCCAUUGUUUAACCAAAACUUAGUAUAACACCCUUAUUUGAGCUGUGUUGAGAGCUAGCCAGGAUUGCCAGGAACCAGAGUUUGCAGAACAGCUUCAGACUAACUUUACAAUGCAUUCUUAGUUACCUGAAGUUGGAGUUAGUCCCAAAACAGAUGUAAAGGGCAAAGCAAAUCUUAGGAAGGGGGUGGUGGGAGAGAGUAGGCAAGCCCACAAAACCUUCCCUCCUAUCUCCUUACGCCUGGACCAGACCACAUCGUUGGUGUCCAAGGGACUUUCCAUUGGACGCCUAUCAAGUUCCUUCCCUUCUUCCUUUCAAAUCCUGGCCUGUUGCGAGAAAAUUCAAACUGUAGAUGCCAUUCCUUCUUAUGUGGGGCCCACUGUAUUUGUAUAAAUGGGGAUGGAGGUAGAUUCUGUGGCCCUCCAGAGGUUGCUUAACUGCAGCUCGCAUUAUCUCUGACCCCACCACUGGCAUUAACAAAUCUGCUUGAAACAGCUGGAAGAGGGUCUUUCCCCCAAUAUGCUGAUAUGAGCCAACUCACAAAAGGAAACCAUUGUUUCAUCUCUGAAAUAGAAUCCGGGGGGACAUUCUCCACCCAUUUCUCUUGCUCUGAAGUUUGUCCAUUGUGCAGGCAGGCCCUGUAGCAUCCAGAUUCCCUUCUGUCAGGCAACACGUUAUAAGCUGCGCUCUGUUCUCCCCUGAUCCCUCUUCUUCACCAUCACCACUUCCUCUGGUUUCGUCCCAGGUACCUGAACCUCCUGAAUGACGACGAGUUCCAGAAAGCCAUUCAGGACCUCCAGAUGACGGAGAGCAUCUGGACGAUCGAUUUGGCCUACCUGAUGCGUCAUUUUGGGGUGAAGCAUCGUUUCUGCACACAGACCCUGGGGGUGGACAAGGGCUACAAGAACCAGGUCAGCUUCCUGGUUCACUCAAAUGUUGGUGCUUUGACCAAGUCUGGAGGGCAGGAAUUCUUUCCUUCUCUAAGGAUGAUGAUAAUAAUAAUAAUAAUAAUAAUAAUAAUUGGUUUGUGUUUUGGCACUCAUGAACCUUUACAGCACGUUUGGUUUUUGGAGCUUGACAUACAGGCUUCUCAAGGUACCCAAUGGCAUUUUAAGAUAACUUGUGCCUUUUAAUUAGAUUGUGAUUUUUGUUUAAUUGUUUUUACUCACUGUUUUUAUUUGGUGCUUUGUUCGUGUCUGGAAAAGGCAAGCACUAGAUUGCUUUUUUUAAAAAAAUGGGACAGGAUCCAUGUUGAUUUUCCAGAUGAUGUUUCCGAUGUUCUUUUGCAUUGCUCUCCGGCUGUGAACUUUGCCCUGCUUCCUCAGUCCAAGGGGGACUCUCUUGCAAGCUGUACCUGCGACCUGGGCAGCCCUUUCUCUAGGUUGCUGUGUACAGUUCUGGCCGACUUACCUCAAAAAGGAUAUUGUAGAGUUGGCAAAGGUCCAGAAGAGGGCAAGCAAUGAGGUGGAGCAACACCCACCUCCCACCCACCCAGUGAAGGAACAUUGCCAUUUUGGGAGCAUUUUAGUUUAGAAAAGAGGCGAGUAAGAGGCAACACCAUGGAAGUUUUAUAAAAUUAUGCAUAGCAUGGAGAAAAGUUCUCCUCUCUCUAACACUAGAAUCUGUGGACAUCCAAUGUUGGAAGAUUCAGGACCGAGAAAAGAAAAAAAGAAAACUUAUCCAUGCAGCACAUAGUUAAACUGGUGGCCACCAAUCUAGAUGACUUUAGAAGAGGAUUAGACAAAUUCAAGGAGGAGGGUUAUCCAUGGCUACUAGCCAUGAUGGCUGUACUUUUGUUCCAGUGUGGCAGGCAGCAUUACUCUGAAUACAUUGCUAGAAAUCACAGGAGUGCUCUUGUGCUUGGGCCCUGCUAGUGGGUUUCCUACAGGAUCUGGCUGGCCACUGUGAGAACAGAAUACUGGACCAGAUGGGCCAUUGGCCUGAUCCAGCUGGCCUCUUCUUAUGUUCUUAGGUUUCUUACCCCGAGAGGAAUCUGUUCUGACCAAGCUUGUCCUCUUCCUCCUUCAGUCGUUCUACAGGAAACACUUUGACACAGAGGAGAACCGAGUCAACCAGCUGUUUGCACAAUCCAAAGCCUGUAAAGUGCUGGUAGAGAAACGGUGAGCUCUCUUUCUCUCGGUCGAGGUUUAUCUCCCCAUCCCAUGGACUUCUUUACAGAUGCCACAGCUGUUUUAAUGCAGAGGCCUUUACCAACUGGGUCUCCUCUAGAUGCUUUGGGCUACAACUUGCAUCAGCCCCAGCCGUAGGAUGAUGAGAUCCAACACAUUGGAGAGCAGCAGGUUGGGGAAGGCUGUUGCAAGCAGCCAUCCUGUCCGAAUGGGCUCUGGACCUAGUGACCUGUUCCAAACCUCCAGUCCUGAUAGAGUUGGCGUCUUCCUUGUUAAGAUAUCCCUAAGAGAUCCCAGUGGACUGACUUCUCCAUCUGUUCUCCUCCACAGCACAGUGACUGUCCGGGACAUCCAGGAUCACCUUGCCCAAGGCCAUGUGGCCAUUGUGCUGGUCAACGCCGUCCUGCUGCUCUGUGACCUCUGCUCCAACCCGGUCAAAUAUUGUUGCUUUCUCCCAACCGGCCAGAAGUGCUUCUGCAGAAGUCCUGAUUACCAGGGCCAUUUCGUUGUCUUGUGUGGCUACAGCAAAGCCUCAGGGAGUAUUUAUUACAACAAUCCUGCCUAUGCUGACCGUGAGUAGCCACCACCCUUUAUUUCAAAUAGGGGAAGUGUGGUAACCGGACAACUCUGGCAUGUUAGCUCGUUCCUCUCUGCAACAUUGUACAAUAUUCUGGGUUGGUGUUGUCCUAACCAUUUCCUGGCUCGUGCCUCAGGAACAUGAGCCAUGCCAGGUGGGUCUGUCUUGUCUUUUGUCUCUGCAGCAAGACCAUGACUGCGUGGGGGCGGGGGGGAGAGAUGGGCGGGUUGGGGCUGUUGAAUCAAUGGCCCUGCCUUCCUUCCAACAGAGCCUUAACCCCUUGGCCCCUUCUGAGCCCAUUUUGGUCCUGCCCCACAGGAACAUGCCGAACCAGCAUCAAUAACUUUGAGGAAGCCAGAACCAGUUAUGGCACCGAUGAGGACAUCCUGUUUGUUUACAGAGACAGCUGACCUAUUGGAGCUGCCAGGGCUUCCACGUCCAUCACUGGCCAGCUUGCAACAGCAGCAGCAGCCUUAUCUCAGGGCUGCAAGAGACUUUGCUCCCACACUGCAGCAGGACCACAAAGAAGGGAUGCUUUAGACUAGGAUCUAAACUGGUAUUAAAUUGUUUUGUUAUGAGCCACCUUGGCGGGGGGGAAUGUAUCCAGAAAGGCAGGCUCUAAAUUGGCUGAAAUAAAUACAUUUUAGAUUGGGAUCUACUCCUAGGUCUCUGGGUGUGUUGCAGUAGAUCAAGAAGGAUGUCAGACUCCCAAUUUUGUAAUCGCAGCAAUGUGAAAGACUCAAAAGGCCAGGAGUGGGUUUUUACAUCUGGCUCCAGUUGGUGGGCCUCCAAGCUCUAUUUGGAAAUAAAAAGUAGAUCCUGCAAGCGUGAAAUCUGCCCUGCCCUGUCUCUAAACCUACAGAGAGCAGCAUGGCGGUCCUGUUGCCAUCUUUUUAGUUUUGAUGAUGAUAAUGAAGAUGGAAAUAGCUUGUGUAUAGCGACUGUAAUAUUUAAAUGUAUGUGUGUAUUUUUAAAAUUUGCACAUUUUGAGAAGUUUUCAAAUGCGGACUUGGACUUCUUUUCCUGUUGGCCCCUUUUGACAGGAACAAAAGUCUUAGUAUUCACUUCCACGCCAAAUUCAUGAAUUCCCCCCGCCCAAGAGAAGCUCAACAUAGAAAGGGACAAGAGUUAGUCCUCCUUUCUUUACUGUAAGGGCUGAUCUUUCACCCAGUUUGGGUGUCUAAUAAUCAGGGAACAGAAUAACAUAAACAGCCUAGGAUUAUUGGAUAUUGGGGGAAGGAGCAACAAGAGGAAGUAGGCCACACAUGUAUGCCAGCAUCACCUGCAAACCACAAUGUGUGGAUUCUCACAGCUGCUUUUGAUGCAUAAAGGGUUUCUGGUAGCCAGGGCCUUUUUCAUGAGGUCAGGUGGUUCUUUCUGAAAGCAGGGAAUUAAAAGGCAUUGCAGUUGUAACUGCAGACCCUCCAAAGUGGUUGGAUGAAUCAGUUCUUUGCAUACCAUCAGUUUGUUUUCAGAUAAUCUCAGUUUAAUUGCUGUCAUGUUGAGCGUUCUUUUUUAGUGAGGGGCUGCCAAAUCGUGAUUGUACUAGGUCCUCUCUAAAGAAAUUAAAGGUUUUAAAAUACAAGAUUGGUUAGAAUCUCUUGAUAACUUUGACCCCAAUCCAGCACAAUUAACCUUUGUUUAACACAUCAGUUGCAAACAGCUGUCAGCCAGGAGACACUCUGAACACAGAGUAUCCUCCAUCACCAGCGCUCUCUAGUGAGAACUGGUGACAGCUCUUCACAGCCUCAGGCUUAAGGCUAGUGUUUUAAGAUAAAAACCUAUGUUUGGGUCAGAUCCAUUUGGCCCUAGAAAGCAGACCUGAACUACUGGCUAAAGCAAGUGCAGCUGGCAGCAGCAUGACUCCAAAGUCUGGCUAGGGAGGGAAACUUUGUUACAUGUUCGAAAGCUGUAAUUUGAGGCCGGGAUUGUGUUGAUAAGAAGAUUGCUUGAGGACUUCCAAGACAACCCAGCAGCUUGGCUCAGAACUGCUGUUUAUAUAAUUGGAGGCAGGGAAAUUUCUCUUGGCUGCAGUUCAGGACGAUUCUAGCCGGAGUCCAGACUGUUCUACCUCAUCACACUGCACUCAUGUUUUUGGAUUCAACUCAGGGAUGUACAUGGCUUCCCUGCUGGUCAAAAAUAAACUUUGAUAUUGUAAUAUCC